GGUUGUCAGUGCGUGUGGGGCACAGUAUCAAUAUUGCGACAAAAAUACACCUUGCUGCAAGAAUAUGAAUUUGAUUUGCUCCCAGGCUAGAGUGAGUAUGAGCAAGUCAUUGUACAAUCAGGACUCAAUUACAUGACUCGCACAGUGCUGGGGUCACAACAGCGGCAAGUUGGAGCCUUUGUAGUCUAUUGAGAAUCGAGCACGGGGCCCGUGGCACAUGGAGAUAGUGAGUCAUGUUUCUGCUUUCACUUUGGUAUUAUGUUUGAUGGUGCAACACUUGGUGAUGGGAGAGGUGAGAGAUAUUCGUAUAGAUCGAGAGCGGGGGUGGCCAAUGCUUGAAUGGCUAUAUGGAAGUACGGACUCGGAUGUACAUGGACUGAACCGUUUGUGUGUUCACACAAUGAUUCAACUCAUACUAUUGCAAAGUUCGUAGUAGCACUGCGAACUGAUUGCUGUAUAUCGAUAGACUGUUUGCUGCCAAUCUAUUGACAUUUCUUGAGCUUCCGAAGUUGAAGUCUGGGACUGACGUUUCC